AAUACAGUCUAUGAUCGAAGCUGGAGCCUCUUUUCAGCUGUAAAGUGAAAGUAGAUCAGUCGACAGCUCAGUAACGUUAAUAGAAUUCAAGGCACAACGGCUGUGCUAAGGAAGUUAGCUGUCAAGCUAAUUUCUUCACUGCCUCCACGUUAACGUUAUUCCAAAACAUAGCUACCCUAGACAGGAAAUCAUAAGGCGAGAAAGACACAUACGAGUAAGUACACUGCAGUGAGAUGCUAACUGGACUUACGUAUCUUAUCUCCAAAAUUAUUAUCAGCCACCAUGGACCACGAAGGGGAACCCCAGGAAGGAGCUAUGGGGCUGAAACACGAGGAGCUGCCGCAGAUGGACGGCUUAUGUGAUGCGUGCGAGCCUGACGAGGCCCAACCGGCCACACAAGUAUGCCACACCUGCAGCUUUGCCUUCUGUUCUGUCCAUGCUGACAGACAUGCCAGCAGCACACAUCACCCCAUAAUGCCUUACAACCAAGAGGGGACACAAGCUAAUGGACUCGGCACAAACAGAUGCUCCAGAGUUGGAGAUGGAGCUGAGGAUGUGGCAGGCGCUGAGAGGGCAGCUAGAAUGGGUGUGAAUCAGGAGAUGGCGCCACUCGGAGUAGCAAUGGCUAAUGGCGAUGAGAGUGGUGAUGCUGGGGAAAGAGAAGGAGCCAAGAAUGGUGUACAGUUGAAGGCUGAGCUGGGUGACGGAGCUGAGGGUGCAGAAGCAGGGCAAGAGGUCGUGGCUGCCAGAGAAGCGGGGAAGAGGGACACUGUGACAGUAGAGAGACUGCGCUGCAAGGAGCAUGGACAGGAAGGAUCACUCUACUGUAAACCAGAUGAGAAGAUCAUCUGUGUGGUGUGUGCCGUGCAGGGUGAGCACCGUGAGCAUGAGAUCAUCACCCUGCAUGAGGCCUACGUGUGGCAGAAGAGCAGGCAAGGUUACGACCUGCUGGGCUGUACACAACAGAUGGGUGAGAAGAUCAAGACCAAGUGGACCAACCCCGAGAUGUCAACAGAGGAGCUGGAGGCGUAUGUGAACAGCCAGUUUGACGAGCUCCGCAAACUGGUGCGUCUGGAGGAGAAGAGGACCCUUCAUCUGGUUGACCUCAAAGAGGCGUUCCUGACAGCAUCCGCUGCUGAGAAAAUCGCCGAGAUCUCCGUGGAAACCGAGCGCCUGCAGGAAGAGAUGGACAACAUCACACACCAGCUGUGCCUGCUGGAGCGGGCUGAGGCGUUGGGUCCUGCUGUGGCGGCACAGGCACUCGCAGCAGCACCAGCCCACAGGGUGCAGCGUGACAUUGAGGCCAGGCCAAGGCUGCCAGAGCCGAGGGCAGAGCCCAUGGACCAACGGGACUUUGACGACAAUAAUUCUAGACCAUCCAUGGACCACGCCCCCUAAAACCAGCUGACCAGACUCCUGCUACACCCACCUGUCCUUCAGUGUCUGCUUCAGCCAGCCGUCAGCCCUGUUGAGCUGUCAGGCUGGCCCUCUCUCUCUCUCUCUGUCAGCCAUCUCUUUUACCCUGCCCCUCUCUCCCUCCCAGGGAACUGACCUUGAAGAGGGCUGCUGUGACAAAUAUGGAUGGCCACGUCUGUUCUGCUCUCAAACUUUUUUUAAUUCCUCACUAGCUACUAACUUUCUUUAAUUGAAGCACACAAAGUUAUGUGCAAUCAAUUACCAUCAGGCUCAGUUGCCACAGCCAGUCAUAUCCUUGGCUUUACUGGUGAGCCUGGCUGACUCAGAGAAGGAGCCUGGGUAGGCAGCUGAGCGGAGCAUCUGUUAAGCCCAACAGAUGUCAGAAAUGGGAAAUUCUUUGACGCGGUGUGCUUCACACUUCAUUUAUGUGUGUAUGAAUAUCAUUUUGUUUCUGUCAUUUUUUUUUGACAAACAUUCUGGACUCUCCCAGACAAAGAAAGGGAACAUUUUCCAGAUGCCACAAAUGCCUUACGUCUUCAAGAGAAUAUAUUAUGUUAUAUUUUAAUUGUAAAAAAAGUGUCUGUAGCUUUUGUUCUAUAAUGUUGUCUCUUGCACUUUCCAUCAUCCUGGUGCCUUCACCCCUCCUGUGCCCUACACCCUCCGCCCUACCCGCUGAUUCUUUAUGCUUGUAGAUUUGCGCUCACUUCCUUGUGUGCUUGUCUAUUAUCAGAAGCGGGGGGACAUUUUGACACCUAUUGAUUGGUGAAUGUUGCUGAGUCUUUGUUAGGUGAAAAUCGAACUGUAAUUUGACUGUGCAAAAUAGCACUCCAGCACUAUCAGCUUUCUAUGCACUGUAAUGUAAGGGCUCAUUAGUCCUGGCCAAUCUGCAGCGCAUGACGGAUUGCAUUCCGGACGAGUGUACGCACUUUCUACCUUGACCCGCUCAGCCAUGGCUUUCAUUCAUGAUAUACCACCGCAAGUCUGUCUGUGUCAGCAGUUUGUUUUUAAUGUGAUUGAUUCUGUUGUCUUAAAUUCAAAAUUGAAAGCGGUGUCACCCGUAAUACGUGGGGCAUGUUUGACAACAACAUGACUUCACUGUGCUGUAGCACUGCACUACGAUGCACUGUGAGUUGUAUACCCACCCAAGGGAAAUGCCGGUGUGUCAACAGCCUAUUGAAAUAACUCUGCUCAGUCUUUAUUAUGUAACAACAAACAUAAGUCUGACUGUCUGAUGUUUCCCCUGGUUUUAAUGUCUAAUAUUUGUGUCUUAAAUCUAUAAAUAAACAGCCAGUUUUUUUUU